CUGAGGAGCUGCAAUGGUAAGGAUGCUUCCGGAAGCAGGUGCACUUCUUGGCUAGUUUUAAUCCUUCAAAAAGCACUGCUUGGUGAGAUAAUUAAUGCUUUGCUUCAGCCACACCUGAAGGAGCUUUGGCGAAGAGAAGAGGCCAAGAGCUCUGGGCCCAGGGACAGAGCCCCAGCUGUUUCUCCAGUGCCCACCACUCGAGGAGAGCAGCAGACUGCCAGUGGAGAGCAGGGGCGAGGCAAGGAGGGCACGACAAACAGGAAGCCCUUAACCAGAGACACGUCGGGAAAGGAGAGUUAGAGCGAGCAGAACUCACAUCUCAAGACCAGCCUCCCAAACGGUUUCCAGAGAUGGAUUAUCUUGCUUUCUUCUUGGCUAUUGUUCACAUAUACAGAGCUCUAUGUGAAGAGAUGUUCUGGGACACGACUGUUAAACUGGCUGAGAAUAUGAGUCUAGAAUGCGUGUACUCAUCACUGGACACCUUAACCCAGAUGGAGUGGUUCAAGAUCAAUACCACGGACAGAGAGUCCAUAGCCAUAUUCAGCCCUGCCUAUGGUGUGAUUAUAAGGACACCCUAUGCUGAUAGGGUUUACUUCUUAAAUUCUACCAUGGCUCCUAAUGAUAUGACCUUGACCUUCCAUAAUGUCUCUGAGGCUGAUGUUGGGUACUACUCCUGUUUACUUCAUACUUUCCCAUAUGGCCAUUGGGAAAAGGUGAUCCGGGUGGUUGCAUCAGAUGAUUUCGAGAUAGCUGUGCCCUCAGAUAGCCACAUGGUCUCAGAACCUGGAAAAAAUAUCACACUCUCCUGUGAGCUUCCAACAAAGUGGCCAGUACAACAAAUUACCUGGGAAAAGAUCCAGCCCCACCAGAUUGACCUCUUGACCAGCUGCAACUUGUCCCAAGGGAAAAUCUAUGCUUCAAAGUGCCAAAGAUGGGUGUCGAGUGACUGUAGUCCGGGAAUGACCAGCACCUUCAUCACCAUGCCCCAGGCCGUGGUCUCUGACUCAGGGCUCUACCGCUGUGGUUUCAGUGCCGGAACGGGAGAAAAUGAAACCUUUGUGAGGAGGUUGACUGUAACUGAUGGUAAAAUGGAUAACCAAUAUACCCUCUUUGUGGCUGGAGGAACAGUUUUAUCAUUGCUGUUUGUAAUCCUAAUGACCGCCGUCAUUGUCAUUUCUUAUAGAAGGAGAAGGAGACAGAAAAGAGGACUGUUUAAAGAGCACAGAAAUAAGGAUGCACAGAACAAGGCAACCAACAACUACAGAAAUCCCAUCUCUACCAAUCAGUCAUCGGAUUGUGCAAGAGAAGAUAUUUAUGUCAACUACCCAGCCUUCUCUCAUAGACCGAAGACUAGAAUCUAAGCUUUUUCCUGGAUCUGAGCAAAACUUAUGGUGACUGUUACGUACAUGGAUCUUAAUAUAAUUUCUUCCCACUACUCAGUGCCUAUCCAGGAUACCAGUUAGCUACAUUUAUUUAACUUGAUAGGAAAGAUACUUUAUUACCUAGAGAACAUUCUUAACAGAAAUGUUUCAGAAAACCUGACUCUAAUUAGCUUAGACAUGAAGGGAAACUUACUGAAUCAUCUAAUGGAACCAUCCAGGGGAGAUGAAGCUUCAGGCAAGGGUUAUUCACCAAGGUUUAAAUGUCUUGUCUAGAAUUAAGUAUGGGCAUACACCUGCUUCUGGAUUCCCUUUUGUGGUAUUGGAUCCACUUUAUUGGUGUUAGCCUCUUAUUCAGGCAUUUCCCUUGUGUUUCUAAAAAUCCUUGGCAAUUCACAAUCCUUGUUUCUGCCUGGUGGAGAGGUUACUUCUCUGAUAGAGCAAACAGAUUUGGUUAUUUGUGCAGCAUUAAACAGGCAACAUGGCCAAAAGAGAUGGAAUCAAGGGUUUAAGUCAAGGGUUCACCUCUAGACCCAGGAGUGAGGCCAAAGCACAUUACUGGGAAAUUCAGAGUAUCAUUAGACGAGGGAGACAGGGCCCGGAAGCUGAACUGGUUACCAACAAAUGUGAACAGCAGUGCCGUUCUGAGACAUCUCUUGUUAACCUACUAAAAAGAGAAUAUGUGGAUGGGUGUGAGUUAGCUCUCCCUCUCCUCACUUUAAAAUCUGCUAUAUCAGCAGAGUUCAGAGGAGUACUUGGUAGCAGAACAGAUGAAUGGUCAAGAGGAAGAUAAAUGUGACAGGGAAAUCUCUUCCCUUUGUAUUAUCAAAUAAAGUAAUCUCUGAUCCUGCAUAGAAUUCUUGCCCCUCUCCCUGGCCUAGCUUUAAGAGCAAGUGUAGCAGAAAGUCCAAUAGUAACUUAAUGUUUUUGAAUUUUUCCACUGUUGAGAAUUAUUUUAAAAAAAUUUUUUUAAAUGUCCACUUAUUUUUGAGAGGUGAGGGGAGGGGCAGAGAGAGGGAGGCACAGAAUCUGAAGCAGCCUCCAGGCUCUGAGCUGUCAGCACAGAGCCCCAUGCAAGGCUCAAACUCACAGGAUGUGAGAUCAUGACCAGAGCCACCCAGGUGCCCCAAGAAUUAUUUUUAAUAUGUAUAUCCUCUCAGAAGAGUCAGGCAUCUAGGCAUGAUUGAUUUUUUUAAAUAACUAUGUGAAAUCUGAAUAUGAGAAAAAGAAUGUUAGCUGAGUGUGGUUUGGGUUGUAGGGUAGAAACGUGGGGGGAGGAAAUACUAGAGUGCUAUAAGGAAGGAGGAACAGGGAACAAAGAAUGGAAACAUACAGACAGAAACUUGUCUUGCUUCAUAGUUUGGCCAAAGACAACCCUAGUGAUGUCACUACAGAGCCAUUAGUGGCCUUAUGCCAUUGUCCAAAUUCUAGGCGAAGGCCAACAAUGAAAAGUAUUUAUGAAACUAAAUAAUGAUCAUGGCCACCUUGAAAGCGCAAUGGUCGUUACCAAAGACACCGAUCACUCAUGUCUCAAAUGUAUUUAUUACUCAUCUCUAAAAGAUUCGUCACAAAACUGCAUCGAAGGAUCAAAGUUGUAGACUUUUUUGUGAUAAUUUUAAGUGAACCCAAACCAAACUCUCUCUGUUAUCUAGGCAGAUUCUAAACUGUAAUUUACAGUUUUAAGCAAGUCAGUCGGUGUUUUAUGAUUAUACCUUAACUCCUCUGCAUGCUAGAUAGUGCAAUAACUCUGUGAAUUACAGAAAUUGAGUGCUCUAACUGUUUCAGAAGGGAAGAAGUAAAAAUGACUGCUUCUCAAUUGUACUUACAUCCAUGUAUUUAGCUGUUAUUUUUAUUUUGUUUGCUUAAAGAUCUUUAUAUCUAGAUUCAUGAGGUAUUUCCAGAAAUAUAUAACACAGUCGGAAGGAAGUUUACAAGGAGACAAUUCUACUAUUUUGUUAACUAUAUCAGAUGUAUAAACGUUUCCAUGGCUGAAUCUGUCAGUUUGCAUGGUGAAGAAAACUUAGCAUCAUUUAAAAGAUAAACGAUUUCUUUUUCCUAAAAGUCAAAGACAAUCAAAAUUACUUUCUGGAAGAUUCUGAUGACCAAAUUCUCAAUGACAGAUAUGAGUGAGAAGUAAAACAUUUAUACCAUUGCAAUAUGAAAUGUGAAUGGAAAUGUGAAUCCCACUUUAACAGAGAAAAUGAUCACGGGGGUGUUAGGUGCACAGUUCAGCCAGAGACAGCCGUCCUGGUGGUUUCACUCAUGGAAGACUUUUGUAGUAGGGCUUCUAGAACAUUUGCAACCUGUUUUCCCAUGGAUGUUUUACUUUCUCCUUAAUCUGUCACUCAAAAUAUUUAUGAGGACUAUAUACUCUGCCCUUCUUCUUCCUGUAUUCUUCCUCUGCAGAGCUCGGGAUCUUUCAGGGAUUUGGAACCCUUCUAAGUCCUCCUGGAAUUUCUCUGGACCCCUUGCUGGUCCUGUUACACUCUUAGCUGUUCAUGCCGAUGAAAUUCUACUCACUGAUUUUCUUUCUCUGGACAUCUUUACUUAUUAGCAAAGCACUUUCAUGGUUAUCUGUUUAAUAGUAUUCCUAAUUUGCUAGAGUUUUGUAACUCUAUGUAAUAAAUAUAUAACUAUACCUACUAUACAUAUACUACAUGGUAUAUAUAUAGUAUACUGUGCGUGUGUGUGUGUGUACACAAUGUAUAUAUAUGGUGUGUGUAUGUGUAUGUAUGUGUGUGUGUGUGUGUGUGUAUUUCCCCCUAAUCUGUUGUACCUACUAUUAUGGUUGUCACUAAGGAAACAGAUCAAAACAGAUCCGCAGAAUAAAAGGUCAGAAUUGAAUUAAA